CGCAACAUUUGUGACGGGUUCUGAGCUAAAAAAAGAAAAAAAAAAAGCCCUAAUGAACAGUGGCGUCCUUCUUCUCUAACUCGCUUCUUCCUUGGGUUUUACGUCUCCAAAUCCCCCGCCAUUGCUUGAUUGUUUCCAUCUAUGGUGUUUUUUUUUGCUUUCGGGGGUUGCUAAAAUAGUUUCGAUUACAGUGAAUAGGGUUUUGUUUCAUGCGAUUGUUUCGUUCGUCUCGUCCAUUUCGAGAAUAGUGCCAAGUCAUCAACCUUGCACCAUUUCUAAAAUCUAACUUGUUUGUGAUGCUGUUUGUUGAUUUUUUUCUUUUACGGUUUAGGAAGCAUUGGUUUCGAAUCUUAGUUCAAAUGGCUGAUUAGGUUUCUGAAGAGACCUAGUGCUGAUUCUUCUGGGGAGACUGAUCUUAUGAUGGAUUCUGCUAUUGAAAUUAGUUCAGGUAGUGAUAGUGAUGAGGAGGUAAUUAGGCCUGUUAGGCCACCGCCUCAAACCAGGACAGAUCCCCCAUGGCUAGCUGCCAGGAGAACCUUUCCUCGAAUGAUCUCACCUACAGUGGAUAGUCAUGCUAGGGCUGGAAAUACUAAUCAGGAUCCGCAAAAUGGUGCCUUAAGUGCUGCCUCUCGGCCUGGAGUCUCUAAGCCUUUUACUGGGAAUAGUCUGGCUAAGGCCGCUGAAGAUACAAAUCAGGCUUCUCGCAGUGGUGCCUUAAGUGUUGCCUCUCUGCCUGGAGUCUCUAUGCCUUUUACAGGGAAUAGACUGGCUAAGGCAGCUGAAGAUACAAAUCAGGCUCCUCGCAAUGGUGCCUUAAGUGUUGCCUCUUGGCCUGGAGUCUCUAAGCCUUGUACAGGGAAUAGUCAGGCUAAGACUGGUGAAGAUGUAAAUCAGGCUUCUCGCGAUGGUGCCUCAAGUGAAACUUCUCGGCCUGGAGUCUCUAAGCCUUUUACAGGGAAUAGUUAUGCUCAGGCCGCUGAACAUACAAAUCAGGCUUCUCGCAAUGGUGCCUCAAGUGAAACUUCUCGGCCUGGAGUCUCUAAGUUUUUUUCAGGGAAUGGGAGCACUGUUAACUCGAGAAUUUCCAAUGCUUUUGAUGCUGAUUAUGAGACAUUGUCGUCUCAGCAAGCUCUCAGAAGGACCCUUCCACCCUCUUUUAAUUCCCCUUUCAUUCCUUCUACGCAUGGCGCUAGCAAUACAAGUAAUGCUAGUAGGAGUCGCUUUAGUGAGGAUUAUAGUCGUCCAGCUCUGUCACCUGUACGCAAUAAGAGUAGCUUUGGUGAUCAUAAUAGUGGAGCCCAUGCUGAGAUAGGAAUUCAUCGAGGUAUAAAUGGGGUUAGGAUCCUGCCUCCAUCAGUGAUACCUGGAACAUCUGCUUCUGUUUUGCAUCAUGCUGGUUCAAGUGAUGCAGUGCACAGGUUUGGCAUUGAUGAAGAUAGGAAUGCUGAGAUCGAUGAGAGGCUCGUCUAUCAGGUCGCACUACAGGAUUUGAAUCAACCCGUGACUGAAAUCGAUCUACAUCCUGGUACUCUUUCAGUUCCUCUUAUGAGGCAUCAGAAAAUUGCAUUGGCAUGGAUGUUUCAGAAGGAAACAAGAAGUGUGCACUGUUCGGGAGGCAUACUAGCAGAUGAUCAGGGACUUGGUAAGACGGUCUCGACGAUUGCUCUUAUCCUAAAGCAAAAGUUUGAAGCACAAUUGAAGUCCAAAAAUUUAAGAAAUCAAGAAACUGAGGCAUUGGUCCUGGAUGCUGAUGAUGAGUCAGAUAAUGCAAAACAUGAAAGUGGUAGUCAUGUAAAACUAGAGCUCAAGGUUUCAAGCAACAGUGGUGGUAAUGAUGAGAAUGGCAGUUCUAAUAUGGAGAAAGCCAAAGAUAUAGAAGUAAAUUCCUCAACACGGGCAUUCAAGUGGAAGAGACCAGCUGCUGGUACAUUAAUUGUUUGUCCAGCGAGUGUUGUAAGGCAGUGGGCUAGAGAACUCGAUGAGAAGGUUUCUGAAGAAUCCAAACUUUCUGUGUUAGUCUACCAUGGUGGAAAUAGAACCAAAGAUCCUAAUGAAUUGGCAGAAUACGAUGUGGUUGUGACAACUUACGCUAUUGUUACAAAUGAAGCUCCCAACAAGCCCUUGGUGGAUGACGAUGAGAACGAUGAAAAAAAUAUCGAAAAAAAUGGUAUUGCCUCUGGCUUCUCCAACAGUAAGAAACGAAAAGGCACGGUCAAUAUCAAUAAGAAGAGUAAAAAAAGAGGUAGAAAAGGCACUGACAGUUCUUCUUCUGAGCCUGAUUGCGGUGCUAUAGCAAAAGUUGGGUGGUUCAGAAUAGUACUGGAUGAAGCUCAGACAAUAAAGAAUCAUAGAACACAAGUGGCAAAAGCCUGUUGCACUCUUCGAGCCAAAAUGAGGUGGUGUCUGUCUGGAACACCAAUACAAAAUACGGUUGACGAUUUGUUUAGCUAUUUCAGGUUUCUUAGAUAUGAACCAUAUGCAGCAUACAAGUCAUUUUACAAUACAAUCAAGGUUCCAAUUUCCAGGGAUACUCCCCAAGGUUACAAGAAGCUUCAAGCUGUUCUAAAAACUAUAAUGCUGCGCCGUACCAAAGGAACAUUGCUUGGUGGAAAACCCAUAAUUGAUCUACCUCCAAAGAAAAUUAAUUUGAACAAGGUUGAGUUUUCAGUGGAGGAGCGGUCUUUCUACACGAAGCUUGAAGCGGAUUCACGUUCACAAUUCAAGGCCUAUGCUGCUGCGGGAACUUUGAGUCAAAACUACGCAAAUAUUCUUCUGAUGCUUUUGCGACUACGACAAGCUUGCGACCACCCACAACUUGUGAAAGGAUAUAACUCGGAUCCUGUUGGUAAAGUAUCAGAAGAAGCAGCUAGAAGACUCCCGAUGGAAACUCGAAUAAGACUGAUCAAUCGCUUAGUAGAGUCAUCAUCUGCCAUCUGCUAUGUCUGUGAUGAUCCACCAGAAAACCCUGUUGUUACGCUAUGUGGCCAUGUAUAUUGCUAUCAAUGUGUUUUAGAUUAUAUGACCGGGGAUGAGAACAUGUGCCCUGUACCGAGAUGCAGACAACAGCUUGUGCAUGAUGUUGUUUUCUCUGAAUCUUCCCUUAGAAAUUGCAUUACUGAUGAUUUGGGCUGUAGCACUUCGCAUGAUAAACGUCUCGAUAGAUCAGUUUUUCUAGAAAGUGAGUUUAGUUCAUCAAAAAUCAAAGCUGUCCUUGAUAUCCUGCAGUCGCUUUCCAGACAAGAUAGUACAAACUCAGCACAGCGUGGUCAAAUGCCUUCUUCCUCACAGCUACAGCCAUAUGAUGAUGAUGAUGUUACCAUUAUAGAGCCAAUGAGUCUACACUCAUCUUCACCUAGCCAGGGGGGCAUAAAGACGAUAAUAUUUUCUCAGUGGACUGGUAUGCUUGACUUGGUUGAGGUGUGUCUUCUUGAAAAUGGUAUAGUAUUCAGAAGAUUAGAUGGAACAAUGAGUCUUGCAGCAAGAGACAGGGCGGUUAAAGAAUUCAGCAAGAAUCCAGAUGUAAAGGUGAUGCUGAUGUCUCUAAAAGCUGGAAACCUUGGGUUGAAUAUGAUAGCUGCAUGUCAUGUUAUUCUCUUGGAUCUUUGGUGGAAUCCAACAACCGAAGACCAGGCUAUUGAUCGUGCACAUCGUAUUGGACAAACUCGGCCAGUGACUGUAACUCGCAUGACUGUAAAAGAUACAGUCGAGGAUAGAAUUUUGGCUCUUCAGGAAGAGAAAAGGAAAAUGGUUGCAUCUGCCUUUGGUGAAGAUCAUGGUGGAAGCUCUGCGAAACGUCUAACAGUAGACGAUCUCAAAUAUCUGUUUAUGGUGUAGACUACUCGUUGAAUUCCCUAGGCGUAGCCUUGUAACCGCCGUUUGAACUAGGUUGCUUAGUAAAAUAUAUGGGAGACGAAGGCCAGAAUUUUGAGCAGGACGAAAUCUCUAGCUGCACUUGUAAUUGAUUUGGCUCUCCUAGGACUUAGUGUUUUGGUUUUCUGAGGGUUUGAACUCACCAGUCUAGGCAUUUUUAUGUUUCCAAGGUGCAUCGGUUGGAAACAGGCCAUAUGUAAAUAACAAAAUCUUUUCAUGGUAUAUAUAUCGGGUAGGAGUUUGACCUUUUCAUGUUUC